ACAUGCACUCCACUUUCCACUACAAAAUCAACUUUGGACCCCCAAUGUUUCUUCUUUUUUUUUUAAAACCUCACCUACAAGAAAAGCAUAGCCCACUUUCCUCCCUUGUAUCUCUCUAUUCUCUCCAGGACCAGACCUUGAUCUCUAGAUAAACACAAGAUCUUUGUAGAGUUCAUAGUAGACACAUAUAGAGAUACAUAGACAAAUCAAGCGAUCCCAAAUCUUUGUUUAGUUUUCCUUCUUUCAAUCCAAUUUCUCGCUAUGAAACCAAAAACUCCACUCCGUGAUCUCCCUUGAUCAUGCACUCUUUGUUCAUUUUUCAAGGCAAAAAUGAGAGCAGGAGGUUGUACGGUGCAACAAGCACUCACUGCAGAGGCAGCAAGUGUAGUAAAACAAGCGGUGGCCCUCGCUAGAAGGCGUGGCCAUGCCCAAGUGACGCCACUCCAUGUAGCUAACACCAUGCUCACUGCAUCCACCGGUUUACUACGCACGGCUUGCCUGCAGUCUCACUCACACCCCCUGCAGUGCAAAGCCCUAGAGCUUUGUUUCAACGUCGCGCUUAAUCGUCUACCUGCCUCCACAUCGGGCCCUAUGUUGGGUACUCAUCACUCUCACCAUCAACACUUCCCUUCCAUCUCCAACGCUUUGGUUGCGGCCUUUAAGCGUGCUCAAGCUCAUCAAAGGCGCGGCUCCAUAGAGAAUCAACAGCAACCACUCUUGGCUGUGAAGAUAGUGUUGGAACAGCUUAUAAUUUCAAUCCUAGAUGAUCCAAGUGUGAGUAGAGUGAUGAGAGAGGCUGGUUUUAAUAGUACUCAAGUGAAAAGCAAUGUUGAGCAAGCUAUGUCUUUAGAGGUAUGCAAUUCACAAAGUGUCAACUGUAAUAAGGAGGAUAAUAGUAUUAAUGUUUUAGACCAAGGAAAACCGAAGGUUUUAGAUCCAAUUAGGAAUGAAGAUGUGAUGAGUGUUAUAGAUAAUUUGAUGAAUAGAAGAAAAAAGAGCAGUGUUAUUGUCGGUGAGUGUGUUAGUACAAUAGAGGGGGCUGUUAAAGGAGUUAUGGACAAGUUUGAUAAAGGAGAUGUUCCUGAGGGUUUGAGAGAUGUGAAGUUACUAACACUUUCUCUCUCCUCUUUAGGGCAUCUCAGUAUCAUUGAAGAAAAGCUCAAAGAGAUUAGCAGUCUUGUGAUCAAGAGUAGUAGUAGUAGAGGAUUUGUGUUGUAUUUGGGAGAUCUAAAGUGGGUUAUUGAGCAGAGAAAUAGUGAUCAAGUGGAGCACAUGAUUAGGGAGAUUGGGAGAUUAUUAGUUUGUGAGAAUGGAAGGUUUUGGAUUUUAGGGAUUGCAACUUUUCAGACAUACAUGAGAUGUAAAACAAGUUAUCCAUCAUUAGAGACUGUUUGGGGUCUUCAUCCUCUUACAAUUCCUUCAAACAGCUUGUGCUUGAGUCUCAUCAGCUCUACUGACAGUGAUCUAGGAAGUCAGUCAAAGAUCAACAAGGCUGAAAAUGGGCACAAUUGGUUCCUACUUGAAGGUGAGGAGCUCAGUUGCUGCGCCGAAUGUUCAGCCAAGUUUGAGGCCGAAGCCAAAAGCUUACAUAGCAGCACUAAUUCUAGUAGUUGCUCGACAACUUCAGCCCUUCCUGCAUGGCUUCAACAAUACAAGAAUGAGACUCAAAGACCUAACAGCAUGGAUCAGCAGGAUUGUGUUUCAAUCAAAGAUCUUUGCAAAAAGUGGAACUCAAUUUGCGGUUCGAAACACAGACACCAGCGACGGCCUUAUUCGUCAGAGAAAACCCUCGCAUUCUCUUCUCUUUCUCCUUCACCCUCAACUUCUGGUUUCUCAUUUGAUCAAAAUGGCCCUAAUUUGCACCAAACCCACUACAACUUUUCAGCGGCCGAGCCCAAGAUGCCAUGGAGAGACUACAACCACCUCUGGAUAACUGAAACUGUCAUCAACGGCCCCACUGACCCCAGUUUGAGAAUUUACAUGCCACCAUCAACGUCAAAUCCCAAUUCCACCCAAAACUCAUCUUCUUCAAGUGAUGUCAUGGAAAUUGAGUAUGUCCAGAAGUUCAGUGAGUACAAUUCAGAUAACCUAGCAACCCUAUGCAAUGCAUUGGAGAGCAAGGUACCAUUACAGAGAGAUGUAAUUGAAGACAUCGCGAGCACGGUUUUAAAAUGUCGGUCUGGUAUGGUUAAAAGGAAAGACAAAAGAGAGACUUGGUUGUUGUUUCAAGGUAAUGAUGUGGAAACCAAAGAGAAGAUAGCUAAGGAAUUGGGUAGGCUUAUUUUCGGCGGUUCCUCCCGAACCGACAACUUUGUUUCGAUUUCAUUCAGCAGUUUCUCAUCCACAAGAGCAGACUCAACUGAUCAUCAUCAUCAUCAUCAAGAUUGUAGGAAUAAUUACAAAAGAUCGAGAGACGGACAAAGUUGUAGCUACAUUGAAAGGUUUGUGGAAGCAGUGUCAAGCAAUCCUCACAGGGUUUUCUUGAUUGAAGAUGUGGAGACAGCUGAUUAUUGGUCACAAAUGGGAUUCAAGAGAGCAAUUGAGAGAGGAAGAGUGAGCAAUGGGAAUGGUGUUGAAGUUGGUCUUAGUGAUGCUAUCAUCAUCUUAAGCUGUGAAGGUUUCUUUUCAAGAUCAAGACCUUGCUCUCCUCCUCUCGAAGAAGCUGGCUUAGGCCCCGAAUUGGAGGAAACAACUACUCCUUGUCUUGAUUUGAAUGUUUCAGUUGAAGAUGAUAGUGAGGAGAUCAUGAAUCAAUCAAUUGAUGAUAUUGGGCUUCUUGAUUCUGUUGAUAGACCGUUUGUUUUCAAAAUGCCUUCAUGAUCAUGAUCAGGUGAAAUUUAGCACCAGGGUUAUUGUACUUGUCUCUUCUUUUAUUUUCUUUUAAAACUCCUUCUUUUAGUGUUUCUACGUUAUUCUACUUGGAUUAAUUCUUAGAUACUUGUUUUUUGUAAAAAAUCACUUGUAUAUUGUAACAUUGUCAACCGUCA